GCUGCUGUAACUUCUCAGUAAGUUCUAUUUAUAAAAAAAAAAUCAUUAGAAGCCUUUCAGUUUGUCAUUUCCUUAUCAGAGAAUUGUAUCUUUAGAAGUGGUCGGUGAUCUGGGCUGGGUCUACCCUGGAGUACACUUAAGGUUUUCAAUCAGAUUGCUCUGAUAAAUGAGUCUGAUGCUAGUCAGCAAUAUGCGUUAAACAGAAGCAAUGCAAAAUGUAAUUCCUCCGCUCUCAUUACUCCACAUGAAGUCAAAUGGUGAGAAAGAACAGCAAAAGUACAGCCCGCCGAAGAAUGUCGGUAUCCCAAAACACUUCUCACAAGGAAUCCCGAGUCACAUGAUCGGUGCACUCGUGGUCACAGUGGGUGAGCACGGCGUCUCGGGUGAAAGGUCACGUAUGUGCGUAAUGCCGUACGUGCCCGAGUGAGGGCAGCGAGCCCAGGGAGUGUGGAGGAACUGCCUGCCCUCAAGUACACAGCAGGCAAGCGCGAUGGGCCAGCGGUCGCAAACUGGACACUGUACUCUGCCUUUUCUUACUUGAUGCUCAAUCACAGAAUUCCCUACCGGACAAGGCGAACAAGAAUCGGGGCUGGCGAGCUUGUAAGUAGCUGGUUUAAGGCUGCAAGCAGAAACAGGCAUCCUCCGUGUUCGCCAAUUCUCGGGGAAGAAUGGGGUUGCAGCCUUCAUGGUUGUUUACAGUAGUUCUUGCUGUGUUCGGAUGUCUGCCUCACGCUGAGGCGCCCGUGACCCGCCAGAUGAUGGCGCCACUCUCUGCGGCCGGGCAGCUGGGGUGAUCGGAUGGUCCUGCCGGCUGGCUUUCAGACAUGGGCCCGGAUGUCCCCCUGCUCAAUGAGUACAAGCAGGAGUUCUUCUGGAAGCGGUUCCCCCAGACGGUGCUGGGGGGGCCCCGGUUCAAGCUGGGGUACUGCGCCCCGCCUUACAUCUACGUCAACCAGAUCAUCCUGUUCCUCGCACCCUGGGUGUUCGGGGGGGUGGGCACGCUGCUGUACCAGUUGCAGCUGCUGGAGGAUUACUAUGCGGCUGCGCUGGCGGGGGGGCUCAUGCUGGGGGCCACCCUGGUUGCCCACAUCCUGACCCUGUGGGCCGUGCGGAGGACGGGGACAGUGGAGUGGCUGCAGAGCCCCAACAUCCUGGCCGAUGAGGAGGAGUACGAGUUCCCCAGCUGCGCCAGCGCCGAGACCAUCAAGUUCAUCAUCCCAGGGAAGAAGUCGGUCCUCAACACCGUGUUCCACGCGGUCCUGGCCGGCGUGCUGUGCGGGCUGGGCACUUGGUAUGUCCUGCUCAACAGGCUGACGUCUCUCUACAACAGCACGUGGGCGGCCGUGCUGAUCUUCGUGCUGAGCUGGGUCACCCUGUGCAUCGGAGAGUAUUCCCUGGUCAUCAACACGGCCACCGAGACAGCCACCUUCCAGGCGCAAGACACUUACGAGAUCACUCCCCUUACUCGACCGCUCUACAUGUUUGCCUUCAUUGCAGUGGAUCUUGCUCAAAGGUUUCUGGGGGCAGUUCCUGAGUUGCAGCAGGUGAACCAGGUGCUACAUGUACUCUUCCUCUUCCUGCCAUUACUGUGGGCACUAGGCAUGCUGUCUCCUGUGGAUGCCCUCUUCCUUUGGGGCAUGGAACAGACACUGGUGUUCGGAUUGGGCGGCUCCCCCAUGUCAACCAACCUCAGGUUGCUGGUGAUGUUUGUGGCGUCAGUCUCUGUGGCUGUGGGCACAUUCUUCAUUCCCAGUGCCCUGGGGGUUGUUCUUUUCACUACUGCAAUGGGAUUCCUGCUCAGUUCGGACCUCAGCCAGGCGCGCGACCUGCUGCGACCUUGCAAAGGAGCGGUGCGCCCCCAGGACAAGAGAUCAGACCCUCCCCACACGCUGGGCUGGCGGCUGGGCUGGAGGGAGGUUCUUCUGCACAGCUGCCUCCUUCUGGCUGCUGUGACAGAGGCUGGGCUUCUGCAUCACUUUAUCACCCCAGCCCAGCACUCUGGAACAGGACCCCAGGCCACCAUCAGCUAUAUACUGUUUGCUCUAUUGUUCCUCACCUGGGCCCUGCGAGAGGUCCAAGGGGCCUACCUCCUCUGGGGGGUCUUCCACAACCCCCUGUAUCCGAAGCAGAUGGGGAAUGUCAGGGUCUUUAAGCAGGAGCUCAGUGGGCUAAGGAAGGCAGGAGCUGUCAGAAGGGUGUUGCUUAAUCUGGUUUCUCCGUUUGUCAUGAUUGCUUUUCUUUCAAUGGAUGGCUCCCUUCAGAGGUUGCACACAGCAUCCCUCUGUGUUGGAUUCACCAGGGCCUUCAGAGCAGUGUGGCAAAGCACUGAGGACUCCCUGCUGCAGAUGGUAGUGAUAACCAUUGUGCGGCUGGCAGACAAGGACAAUAAAUUAGUUUGGUGGGAUAGCCUUGGCACUGGGAUCCAGCUACUGUUGGUGGGUCUGGUGCUGGACAGACUGGGGCAGUUUGUGUCCAAGUUGCGAUUCGCCCUGACGGUGCUGGUGACCUCAUGGACAGAGAAGAAACAAAGGCGCCAGUCUGCGGCCACGCUCCUGGCGCUCAAUGGCGUGUUGUGCCCAGUGCUGCUGGCCGUGCUGGGUCUGUCUGCGGUGCUCUCCGCCCCACUCCUGCCCCUGUUCACCCUGCCUGUCUUCUUCGUGGGCUUCCCUCGGCCUCUGCGUAGCUGGCCCAGUCCCGUGGGCUCUGCUGCGUGCUCCUGCCCCGACUCGGUCUACUACCAGCAGAUGGUAUGGAGCCUGGCAUCUGCUUUCCGCACGGCCUUCGCUGUGGGAUCCCUGGGUUCUCCUUCUCCUGGAUCACACUUCCUGGGCCGCUUCCAGGAUCGGGUUUUGUGGAUCAUGGUUCUAGAGAGAGGCUUUAGCUACUGCUCCCUUAAUAUUAAGGGACUGGAGCUCCAGGAGACAUCAUGUCAUACUGCUGAAGCACGCAGGGUUGACGAGGUUUUUGAAAACGCUUUCGAACCACUGGAGGGGCCAGGAAGAUCCCUGGUGAACAUGCACUUUAGCAACAUCCUCACGCCCUGCGCCACACUACCUGUGCACCUGUACUCUGAUGCGCGCAAUGUUCUGACCGGCAUCAUUGACUCUCAUGGGAACCUCAGGCAGCUGAAGGACGACUUUCUCAAAGUGCUGGUCUGGGUGCUCUUGCAGCACUGCUCAAGGAAAUGCAAGUCCUUUGGAAGAAAAGGAGUGGAUGAGAGUACAAGUAUAAAGCUCGCUCCAGUUGGUGGAGAGCCUUUUGCAGAGGUCAAUGUUGCAACAAUAAAAAGCUCUUCCUCCAAACUCAGGAGGGACAGUUCCAGUUUAAACUCGGACACCUUUGGUGAUUGGUCAGACGAGGAUGAUCUUUUUGGCCCACAGCCUUCCAGAAAAACAAUAGCUGUGAACAGUGCAGCUCAGCAGAUGGAGGUAGCUCCUUCUCUUCCAGGGUCAGUGGAGAUGCAGAGCCUGUUUGGGAAUUCGGCCAGCCUGGGGCCGGACCACGGGGCUCGUGUGCCCCAGGUACUGGGCCUUCCUGCUGUGGAUCGAGGGAGGAAGGCUAUGGGGUUGAGCCAUUUGGGGACUCUCUCAAGAGUCAUCUUCAGCUCUCCUCACUCUGAGCAGCUGUCGUUGCCAGAAGAGUGGAGGGCUGGACCCCUCCCGCUCCACCGGAUGCAGCAGUUGAAGAAAAUGUUCCCGGCUGACUGGUACCAGUUCGUCCUGAGUCGGCUGGAGCUGGCAGCAGAGGGGCAGCGGGCCGAGGAGGUGGUGGACGCCCUGCGGAGAGACGAGGUGCUCCAGGACCUGUACGCCCAUGUGGUGAUGAGCUGCUAUGGCGUGACAGUAGGGGCAGAGUCCACCAUCAUCAGCCCAAGCUAUGCCUAUAGAGUGUACUGCGGGGAUGUGCCUUGGACACCUGGACUGGACUGGCUCACUACAAACAAGGAGCUCUUCCAGCUUGUUCUGAAGGCAUUCAGGUACAGCUUCAAACUGCUGUUUGACCAGGCCAGCCUGGGGCCCCCGGAGGGUGCCGGGGAGCUGCUGAGCUUGCUGGAGGAGUACGAGCGGGACUGGUACAUCGGGCUGGUGUCCGAGAGAGGCUGGCAGGAUGCUGUGCUGCAGGAGAAGCCUUUCCUCUUCUCACUGGGUCACGACCUCACCAUGGGCACCUACACUGGCCGGGUCCUGACGCUGCAGGAGCUGCUGGUGCAGAUCGGCCGUCUGAAUGCUGAGGGGGUGAGGGGGCAGUGGGCCAACCUGUCCUGGGAGCUCCUGUACGCCACCAAUGACGAUGAGGAGCGCUACAGCAUCCAGGCACACCCCGUGCUGCUGCGCAACCUCACAGUGCAGGCUGCAGACCCGCCCCUGGGCUACCCCAUCUACAGCUCUCCCCCUCUCCACGUGCCCUGCUUCUGACCUGGCCUUCUCCCCCCUCACAGGUGCAUACACCCGCAUACCCUGCAAUACAGACUGAGCGACAAGUGGAAGCCGAAGGGAACACUACUAAUCGGUUGUAUUUACAGAGUCUCAAUAGGUAUCCGUUACUGAUGUCAGAGGAUUAGACUUUCCUCUGAGAUGCCUCCGUGUGCAGCAGAGAAAUACUAUUUUUGUGUGAGGGAUCUGAAGACCUGGGGCAGCUGUGACCCCGAAGCCCUGAUGGACACACAUGCCUGGUGUUAAGGUUCAGUCUCCAGCCUUGCUAAUUGCUAACACUCACUCGAGAGGAAGAGGAAAGUAAUUUGGGGUUAAAACAGACUGAUGACUACAUUACUAUUCACUUUAUACAAGACACUCAUACAGUCCUUAAAGCUGCAUAAACAGUUGCUCCUGGUCUACCAAAAGUUUUCUAACUUUAAAUACUAAUAAAAUCUUGACUGUGUUUUUUAGCACUGUUAACAGGCAAGCCUGUUUGGAAACUUCAGCUGCAUUUUUAUGUAUAAUAAUUUUUUGUUUUAUGUUGGAUUAGAUAGACACCAUUUGUUGAUCAAAAGGUAUUUCUUGAAAUUCGUAUUACUAUUUUUUAUUUGGCUGACACUUUUGUCCAAAACAACUUAUAUGUGCACCCACUUAUACAGUUGGCUCUUUUACUGGAACACUUUGCAUGAAGCACCUUGCUCAAGGGUACAACAGUAGUGUCUCUAAUGAGAUUUGGUAAUGACUAAAGAACCCUGACCACUGCUCCACACUGCUUCUCUUUGCAAAGUUAACUGGCUGCUGCAUAUCAUCUGCUAUAUGACACUGUAUGUUCAAUUUAUCCUUCCAAGUAAUGUGUUGCCUUACGCUUUUCUUUAAUUUCUCUUGCUUCUUGAAUCCUCACCAAGAGUUCUCAGCCAGGAGUUGGUGAAGGAGACUGUUUUUAAACUUCCAUUUUUAUAUUUUUUUUAAUUUAAGAAGUGCAUGUCUGCUUGUGCACACAAAACAGUCACUUUUACUGACAGAUUGAACUGAUUGAUUGAUUAAUUGCAGCAACGGAGUGUUUUUGUGUGGGUAAGCUGUAUUUCUGAGAGAAGCCAGUGCAGGAAUGAACUAUUUAUGAAAGUGGUGCACAUUCCCUUUUAGGAGGUAAGGUUUCUUUCCAAGAGAGACAUGAUUAUCCUUCAUCAGGCAGCCAUGAAAUAAAGUAACAUUCAGUUUUUUUCUCCCUUGUUUUAAUGCAACUUUACGAGUGCUUCCAAGUUUGAGAUGUCUCUAUUUUUUAUGUUCUUAGUUUGAUUAUUUUUAUAUAUUUCUGUGUGAUUAGUGUAAUACUUUUAUUAUAAAUGCGCACAGAAGACUGCAGACAAAAUUACUCUGAAAACAUGUUCUCACAUAAAGGGAAACUAAGUUUGAUUAUUCACAACUUGUACAGUAUCUCAAUGAUGUGCCUUGGUUUUAUUACUUUUAUUUUUUGUUGGCAAUUUUAUAAUCUUUAUUUUUCUUCACUGACCUUUUUUUUCUGAGAACUGUAGACUGUCAAAUUUCUGUAAAUAUAAUAGGAAUUGUCUAGUUUCUCUUAAGAUAUUUAUUACAAAUUGUGAUUGCUGUACAGUAUGUAUUUGGACAUGUAUUACACACUUUUUAAA